UUUGGACCGCUUUCCAACGAUACCGUUAGGCGUAGAAUUAACGAUAUAUCAACUCACAUAAAAUCGGAAUUAAUAUCUCGUCUUAAAUGUAAUAAUUUUGCUUUACAAAUGGACGAAUCCACUGACGUUUCUGGAUUAGCUGUAUUGCUUGUAUUCGUUAGGUAUAAAUAUCAAACUUCUCUUGAAGAAGACCUCUUAUUAUGUCAACCUUUGUCCACUUAUACAACUGGUUAUGAAAUCUUCAAUAUGUUGAACAAUUUUUUUGAAAUAGAAGGAUUGACUUGGGAUAAUUGUAUUGAUAUUUGUACAGAUGGAGCGAAGGCAAUGGUUGGAAAAACUGCUGGCGUGGUUUCGCGAAUUAAAGAAGUAACCAACAAUUGUAGUAAUAGUCAUUGCAUUCUUCAUCGUCAAGCACUUGCUAUUAAAAAGAUGCCAAUACCUCUUAAAAAUGUACUUGAUGAGGCAGUGAAGAUUAUAAAUUUCGUAAAAUCUCGACCAUUGAGCACAAGACUGUUCACAAUUUAAUGUGAAGAUAUGGGAAGUAUGCACAAAUCACUACUUUACCAUACCGAAGUAAGAUGGCUUUCUCGGGGAAAAACACUUGUACGCUUACUCGAAUUGCGCAAUGAAUUGUACGUUUUUUUCACCGAUCACCCAUUUAAUUUACAGCUCAGACUUAGUGAUAAAAUUUGGUUAUUUCGACUUAGUUACUUGGCUGAUAUUUUUACAAAAUUGAAUGAAGUGAACUUAUCAAUACAAGGUAUGACCACCGUUUUCACGGCAAAUGACAAAAUUCGAGCUUUAAAAAAAAAAAUUAAAUUUUGGGCUGUGUGUUUUUCUCAACAUAAAAUUGAUAGUUUUCCUUUGUUAAAGGAAUAUUUAGAAUCGAUUGAUGGUAAUAUUGAAGAUUUUGAUGAAAUAUAUGGCGAAAUUGAACAACAUUUAAAUGAAAUACUAUCGUCAUUAGAAAAAUAUUUUCCAGAAGUAAAGACAUAG